AUGGAGUGGGCGGAAUUUCCGGGCUUGGAGGAACCCAUUGAUGAGGAAGAGAUCGAAAUUGUUGUCAGAGGCGCAUCACCCGUAGCCUCUGCUUCUGCUUCCAAGAGGCGGGGGAGAGACACCGAGAGAUCUGUUCCCAUCCUGAACGGAAGCGAUGAUGACAGGAAACAGGGGAUGAUCCGCCGCUCACAAGGCCGUCGGUUGCCGAAGUGGGGAGCGGCUGCGGAUAGAGGAACAUCUGCUUCAUCUUCCCGAACCGUUACUGAGGCGGAUAAAAGAACCACGACGGAGGCUCGAACUGGCGGCAGCAGUGGGAAUGGAACGUGGAGGGCAUUGUCACCUCCUUCAUCCCGUCAGGGUUUGUCCUCUCUGUCUCCGAUUUGAUUGACUCGUGAAUGAAUUUAGACCCUUUUAUGCACUUAUUUUAUGUUGGUGAAGUCGUUUGUUCUAUAUUUUUUAAAAUGUAUAUGACAGUUGAUGUUCGGACCUGUCUAGUAGUUUUCUUUUGGAAAUUGAGGGGUAAUAUUAGUCUGAACGCGUACGGAAAUAGGCUUUGAAUCUUGAAUCAAUCCACAUUGACAGUAGAUUAUUUUGACAGUAAAUUGAGGGGUGACAUUUUCUAGUAGAUGAUUUUGACAGGAUGCAAUCCGUUUUCCGAUCCCUCACAUAUUUUUCUUUUGUCUUUCAACUUCCUCAUUUUUGCUCCACUAUUUUUCGCCUAUGAACUUGGCUCGUGCCACCUGUGCGACCGGGGGCUGGAUAUCGAUGGAUUGUGGUUUCUUCUUCCUCGGUAAGCAGGCAGUUUCUUGUUAUUUUCCUACAUCUCUACACAGAUUUAUAUCCAACAGAUGAGGCUCCAAAAGAAUCAAAGUAAUGCGACUUCCCAAUGAUCUUUGAGUGUCUCGAGUGAGACGUUAUUUUUUUUUAUUAUUUCUCUUUUUUUUUAACGUGUUGGAAAAGUUUCAGUUGUGGUUCCUUUCUGGGUAUUGUCCCAUUUUUUGCUUACAUCUGACUCGUCUUUGUCUAUACAUUCUUGGCGCAGACCACGUAAAUGCCUUUUGUGUACAUUCUAGGGUCUUUCAUUUUGUAUACUCGUCCCCUUUUGUCUAUCACAAUAUUAUUUAUUACAAAUUUAUUCUGAAAAAAAAAUGGUCGUCUCAAUUAGAUUCAUACGCCUCGAUCCUUAAGUACGCAUGAACUUUCCUGGAACGUUUUUGGCCUCUAUGCUAUGAUAUAAAUUGAAGAGUUGGCUCUAUUUUUGUUUAGAAAUGAGAUAUGCUUUUAAUCAUGGAACAAUGACUUAUUUAUUUAAUAAAUCAUAUAUGCUAUUCACGUAUUAUUAUAUUUUCCUAAUGCAGUAGAUUCCAAGGUGAAGUACCCUCUCAUGUCUUUUGGAGGGCGCAUUGUCUAUGGAAGAACAUAUUCGGAAGUAGAGAAAGCUACCGUGGAGCUUAUGGAAAUCCUUAAAUCCAAGAAACAGAAUAUGGACAAAAUUUCAUUGGGAUUUGAUAUCGAAUGGAGACCGAAUUUUAGAAAAGGUAUGUACCUCUCGUUAGUACCGAAUUUUCCAGUUAGAAUUUAUGUUUGACCAUGGCCAUACCCAUAAGAAACUAUACUCCUAUUUUUUUAUUUUUAAGUUAAAUUUUGUGGUGCACCUCAAGAAAUUAUGUAUUGUGGCAGCAUAUGAUAGGCUGUGUAGUCUGUGCAUGUGUAACAAUUGUACACAAUGAUAUUUUGUAGAAGUCCAAUGGAACUUGUCAUUUGCUAAAACAGAGAUAUUAGUAGAAGAUUCUCUGGAACAUACGCUCUAGUAUUUGACACAAUCAGCAGAACUCUUUCUGUUUAAUCGAGGGUCGGUUGGUAUCUCGCAGAGAUUUGAAAGAACUCUAAUCGCAUACUGCUAUUAUAUGUUAUAUUUCCUGCUUCUAUUAUUUGUCGCUGUGAGCAAUCCUUAACAAUUAUUGUCUGUUAAGCUUUCCUUAAGAAUUCUGGAAUGUGCAGGAGAAACACCAAAGAAAGCUGCAGUGAUGCAGAUAUGUGUGGAUACCGACCAUUGCUUUGUGAUGCACAUCUUUCAUUCUGGAAUUCCUUCGACUUUAGGAUCACUUAUGGCUGAUAGGUCUUACGUCAAGGUUUUUUUCUGUAUCCUUCUGGUAUUUCAAGGUCUGCUGUUUGUCUCAGUUUUUUUUGAGCUGGAAGAUUCUCUCUACUGUUUUUUUUUUAUGGAGCCAAGGAAAAAGAGCUGAUUCUUUUUAUUAUUAUUAUUAUUAUUAUUUUUUGGUGGAGGGAGGGGGUAAGAUUAGUUUCUAGAAUGACCUACUCCAUCCUGCUGUGGGAUAUGGCUAUUGCUUGUGGGUUUCUCCUGCACGACCUAUGGGGAUCGCAUGUUCUUUGUCAUUCUUAUAGAUCACUUGGUAAUACUCUCUUUUGAAAAAUAACAAAUUUGUGUCAAUUAGUGACGCGUGCUUUUACUGUAUGAAGGUAGGAGUCUCUAUAGCCAGUGAUGCAGCGAAGAUUUCGAGGGACUACAAUGUUAAUAUGACAUCUUUGGAUGAUCUCUCAGAUUUGGCUAAUCUCAAGCUGGGCGGUUCUCGAAAGCAAUGGGGUCUUUCUUCUUUAACUGAAACACUUAUUUGCAAGCAGGUAACCUUGUUGCCUCUUUCCUUUUCCAAAUUCGGCUCAUCCUAAUAUCCUUGGUAUUGGUGUAGAAAUUCUUAUUCUAGAACUAUCAAUCGUAUGCACAGAAGGAAAAUGUUGUGCUUUUGUUGUCGGAAAGAUAUAUUCUCACGUACUUUUUUUUAGCAUAAAUAGCUUAAUUAAGCAUAGAAAAGGCUUGUUCGGUAUAGAAAUUAUGAAGCCUGUUGGAAUACUAUUCUUAUUAACAAAUGAGCAAAUCAUUAGGAUUUAAAAGGUGUUUCAUGUCCAACAUAAUGAUAAUACAAUAACUUCCAAUAAGUGAACACAAGCCUCUAAAUUAACCAAAGGUGGUGAACAAAGCUGUAAAUGGCCGCCUUAUCUUGUCUACCAAGACUGCAUGUGAGGUGGGAAAAAAGGUUAAUUCCAGAAUUGCCGUCUUUAGGGUUCCGAUGGUUAUGAUUGCUUAAUGUUGUCUAGUUUGCAAGGAAAUAUUAUGGAAGAAAGUCCAAAGCUUACAUCCGGGGACCUAUAGAAUGAUGGAGAAGAUCAGAAUGAACAACAGAUUCAAAGAAAAGCAUAAAUAUUUUCUGCUUUUCAUAGAAAGUGUAGACGAUUAAUCCUGAUUCUGGCUGUCUAAUAUCAAAAUUGGCUAUAACCCAAAUCUUUGUUUCAGUUGGCAAAGCCCAAGAGGAUCAGAAUGGGAAACUGGGAAGCUAAGGUGCUCUCAAGGGAGCAGCUCCACUACGCUGCUACAGAUGCUUUUGCUUCCUGGUAUUUGUAUGAGGUAAGAUCUCAAUGAACAACUUGUUCGAUCACCACAGACUACUGCACAUCUACAUUUUUCUUGGUUCCCUUUUUUGCCUCAUGUGUUCCAUUACAUGGGUACUUUUUAGGUCUUAAGGAAUUUUCCUGAGGCAGUUGGGGGUGAUGAAAAUGGGCAGUCUCCGGAGGUAGCCCAUAUAAGGAAUAGGGAUGCAGUAUCAGCCGCCUCCCAAAUGCAUAUUCGCUGA